CACAUGGUCAGAGAGAGGGAGAGCGAGAGAGAGACAGGGAGAGUAAUCACACUUCUGCGGCUCGACACCAGAGGAUUCCCCAGCAGAGAGAACCUCUUCUCCUCACCCCCAUCUUCAUCAUCCUCGCUCCGGCCAUGACCAGGGUCCUUCUCCUCUCCGCCUUGCUGGUGUCUCUCAGCUGCUCCAGGGGUGCGGUCAUCACAGGGGCGUGUGAGAGAGACGUGCAGUGUGGCAUGGGGACCUGCUGCGCAGUUAGCCUCUGGCUGCGGGGGCUGCGCAUGUGCACGCCCAAAGGUGUGGAGGGGGACGAGUGCCACCCCUUCAGCCACAAGGUGCCCUUUUUUGGCAAACGGCAGCACCACACCUGCCCCUGUCUUCCUCACUUAGUAUGCACCAGGUACACAGGGAGCAAGUACAGGUGCACCAGUGACUUCAAAAAUAUAGACUUUUAAUAACGCGGAGGAAGGCGUAUGAGAAGACAGCAGCGCAAGAGCCGGAGAAGGGAACAGUUUGACCGAGGAUGAAAGGAACAGCACCAAGGGCCAUCCUAAUUUCGCUCAGUCUGCAUCGUCAUACACAGCGCACCGUUUCCGCCAUUUUAACCUAGGCCAAUACUCACCGAGUUGUGUUUCCUCACUGUUGGCACAUUUCAUGACGUCAUUAUGAAAUGUCUGAAGAAUGCCCAUAUUUAAUCAAUGCGGCCUUUAAUGCAUUAGCCUCUACUAUGUGAUUUUGCUUCAGCCUUCAGCUCGUACACCCAAUACAUCCAGUCAUUCAACCCCAGGUGUGCAGUUGCUGUUUGUGUAACACUGUCUUGGCCAGGACUGGCUUUGCUUAUUCAUCUUAUCUGCUUUGGAUGUUUAUAUUCAUGUGAGGAGUCUGGGACAAUACCGAAAGAAUACUUACUCUUCAAAGAUGAAUAAUCAGCCAACUAAAAGCUCUGGCAGUGUCUGGAGUUUGGUAUAUAUGACUGUAUGGAGAAAGCACUUGAAUAUUGAGUAUUGUUUAUGAUAUUCUGUAGUUAAAAAAAAAAGAUAUUUAAAA